AUGCCCGUCAGCAGACCCACAAGCACUAAACGUCCACAGACACCCUUGACACGUUUAAUGAAAACUAUUGAUAUACAAGGCGCACAACCUGCCCAAGAGGGUGUGGAGCACUUUUCGUACGUUGUAUGCUUCCCGGACGAGGCCGAGGACGACGCCGAAUCGAGCGCGGACUUUGUUGCUCGUCGCCCCAAUACUUCUCGAGGAUUUCGGUUUGCAUCAGUUGAGAGUAAUGGACUAUACUCCAAUGAUUUUAUCAAGGAUAAAUUUCUGUUACUCACAAAAGGCGCCCAAAAAUUGAUACCGACUGCUAUGGCAGAAGCUCUCCUUCGAAGGAGAUUAUCAUAG